UCUUUAAUUCAUUGGAAAAGCCACCACCACACUCACUUACCCAAAAAAAAAAACCUUCUAAAAACCUCUUUAUAUAAUCCAACAAACAAGUCUCUUCUUCUUCUUCAUCAUCACUGAAACACAACACCAAGAACAAGAAAGCAAGAAAAAAAAAACAUGUCUCUUCUUCACCAUCUCAUCCUUUACCUAACACUCUUGACGGUGGUCAGAGGAGACAUUCUCCGACCAAGAUUCUACAGCCAGUCAUGCCCUGAAGCUGAAUCCAUCGUAAGAAGAGAAAUGAAGAAAGCUAUGAUGAAAGAAGCAAGAAGCGUCGCUUCAGUCAUGCGUCUCCAAUUUCAUGACUGUUUCGUCAAUGGAUGUGAUGCAUCUGUGUUGCUUGACGACACACCAAACAUGCUUGGUGAGAAACUUGCACUUUCCAACAUCAACUCUCUGAGAUCUUUCGAAGUCGUUGACAACAUUAAAGAAGCUUUAGAGAAAGCUUGUCCUGCUACUGUCUCUUGUGCCGACAUCAUUAUCAUGGCCUCUCGUGACGCCGUUGCUCUUACAGGAGGACCAGAUUGGGAGGUGAAGCUAGGGAGAAAAGACAGUUUAACAGCGAGUCAGAAAGAUUCAGACGAUGUAAUGCCAAGUCCAAGAGCCAACGCUACUUACUUGAUCGAUCUCUUCAAAAGAUUCAAUCUUUCUACAAAAGACUUGGUGGCUUUAUCCGCUUCACACUCAAUUGGUCAAGCUAGGUGCUUUUCGAUCAUGUUCAGACUUUAUAACCAGUCCGGUUCAGGUAAACCGGAUCCAGCUCUUGAAACCGGUUACCGUACCAAGCUCAACAAGCUUUGUCCUUUGAGUGUAGACCAGAACGUGACAGGAGAUCUAGACGCGACGGCUCAUGUUUUUGAUAAUAUGUACUUUAAAGACUUGGUCUCAGGGAGAGGGUUUCUAAACUCUGACCAGACUUUGUACACGACUCAAGAGACGAGAGAGUAUGUGAAGAUGUUUAGCGAGGACCAAGAUGAGUUCUUUAGGGCUUUUCAAGAAGGGAUGAUCAAGAUGGGUGAUCUGCAAUCUGGGAGGCCUGGUGAGAUUAGGUAUAAUUGUAGGGUUGCUAAUAGAAGGCCUAUUGAUGUAUUGCUUGAGUCUUGAAUUGGUAAAAGAGAGAAAAACUUAUGACUGAUAGUCUGAUAUUAGUAAAUGCAAAAUCUUUUACUAUGCCAA